AUGAAUACAGUACGUGUAGAACUUACAAAUUCUAUUAGUCCAGAUUUGAGUUGGAAGGUUUCCAAGGGUUACAGAAGUGCACCAAGGCGAAGGAAAGCAGUUGAUAAAGGACUGAAAUUGGGUGCGGAGCCGGCAAAUAAGAUUACUAGAAGCUCUUCUGAAACGACUGUUUCUGAAUCAGAGAAGCUUGGUGUGGCUGUACUUGGAAGACGGUUCAGUGACAAAAUUGAGCAUGUACCGAUUAAGAAAAGACGAUUUAUGGUCCGUUCUCCUUCACCACCCCCUCGCUUAUCUUCUCAGUUACCUGAAAACAAGCAACUAGGUGUGAAGUCAUGUUCUAAAUCAAUCGCCAAAAAGCAUGCAUCCAAGAGUGGUACUUCCUCAGUGACUAGUUUUACUCGUAGUGCUGGUACUCUUCAUGAGAGUUUAACUGAGCCGGCAAAUGAAAAGCCUUGUUAUGGAGAAGACUUCUCUGGUAUUGAGAUAUUAGCUGCUGCUGCCUGUAACAAUAGCAUACAUGAUGACAUAGGUGAAGUUUUAUCACGGGAGGGGACAAAUGCAUCAACCUCUGCGAGGCCCCUGGAGAAAUCAGCUGCAUUGUUGUCAUCAACGCCAAUGAUAACUGAUUCAGAGAUGUCAGAAGGAAGAGAUGCAUCUUUGGAGACGAUACAUUAUUCCCCUAAAGAUGUAGUACAUGAAGAUAAAAUAGGGAACUCCUCUCUUGAGGAUAGCCUGGUUAAAACUAAUUCUGGUGAUGGUGAUGCUGAUGGUGAUGACCGCGCACUAGAGUCUUCAAAGGAUGUUAGGUUGCACUGGGAUCUAAAUGUUUGUAUGGAUGCUUGGGAGGAGCCCUCGGUGAUAGUUGAUCCUCAAGCAAAUGCUGUAGACAGCAUCUCUAUUGAUAGACAGACAGAGAAGCUGCCAGUUUCACAAGAUGUUGAGGCAAAGGGAUCCACAGAAGCUAAGAAUCCCAAACUGCUGCCUGCGGUUGAAGAUAUGAAACAGGGAAUGAAAACAUCACCUGACUCGGAAAUAAGUUAUGGUAAAUCUAGUCUGGCUGAUAAUGCUCUAGGGUCUUCAAAAGAUGCAGGUGUGGUUACAAAGAAUUCCAGUCUGGAUGUCUGCAUGGAUGCAUGUGUUGAUCAUUCCUGUGCUCGCUCUCAUAAUAUUGCAGGCACCACUUCCGUGCCUGUUGAAAAGAAUGGAUCACCACCUGCCAGUUCUGGUGCACAAGCGGGUGAAACUAUCUGUUCAGGAAAGAUCCAGGUCGAAAACCCUGUUUUGACUUGUGUGCCUGUUGUGGAGGGAGUUUCAUGUGAGAUGGGCAGCACUGUUGUAGAUGAUGAUGGUAAGGGCUCUGGUGCAACAUCCAGCUUCCGUGAUCCAAAAUCUCCUGAAGAGUCGGCAGCUGUUGAGAGCUGUCACUUACAGAAGAGUUGUCUAGAGGUCAAACCUGUAGGCAAAACAGAAGAUGUGAUUAAGCCUGCAUCAGGUGCAUCUGUUGGUGAAGGCCUCUCUUUGGUGACUUUAAUUGCAAAGGAUCAGGUCGAAGAUGCUUCUCAGACUCAUACUGUUAGUUCUCUACAAAAUACUGGAUCUUUAGGACUAAUGGCUAAAUCUUCCAUGAGUGCCACAAAGGAUCCAGGAGCUGUGGCCGGUCCCUCCCAUCAUGAGCAAUGCCACUAUGGUGAUGGUACUGCAGGAAUUGAAGUCACUACAGUAGAUUCUUCUGGUGUCAACUCUCACGUAUUUGAUAAGGAUCAAAUGGUUGCCACCAACCCCCCUGUGGAACAGGAGGUCGGAUAUGAUUCUCAAUAUGAAGACGGGGAGUUGAGGGAAUCAGAUGUACCUUAUUGGGAGGAGAAUGAGUUUGAUGAAGUUGAACGUGUUGAUUAUGGUUCUGAUACAUGUGACACUGAUGCUGCUGAUGGCUCUGCAUCAGGAAAAGUCGAAUGCAGAGAAACUGAAUUUUGUGGGAUAGAAUCUAGUAACAUUAAUAUGAACGUACAGGUUGUGCGAGGAUUUAGUCUCGGUUCUGAUAACGUGUGUGGAAAAGUUGAACAUUGCACUUCUGGAAAUGCUUUGAGACAAUCUUCAGUGGGUUCAAAGACGAGAACUUCUGGAUCUGAACAAUUGCCUGGUGAUUCUGAAGCUUCUUCAAACAGAAUUGCAGAAGCAACUGAGGGCUGCACAAUAAGGAAACAUACUGGUGAUUGCUAUGAUGGUCUCGAUGGCAAAGAUCCUGCCAAAGUGGAUGGAUCAAUGACAUCUGAUACCUUGAAUAGGAUGGGAACUUGCGCAAGGAGGUAUGACACCUUUGAAUUCUCCACUCGCUCUGAGGAGGUUGGUUCUGAUUAUUCCAUGGGAAAGGAAAGAUCCGAAUCACGUAUGCUUGGUAAGAGUUUGGGAGGUGUUCGUUUGGUUAAUCCUUCUAAGAGUUAUUUGGAUUCCAGACGCCGUGGAUCACCACCUUAUCGUGGUUCCUUUGGCUCUGGGCGUCCUAGACCUAGAAGUGGUAUUGAGAGUGAAGAAUAUGCAAUGGAUCCAGAUGAUACGUUUUCAGAAGCAGCAGAGGUUGUUGGAGUUCACAAUCGUGUUCGCAGGCAAGCGAUGAGUUACAAUUCAAAUCGUUCUUAUCAGCCCACAUUCAGAAGGAGAUCCCCAGAUACACAUAGGGGGAUGAUACCUAUGAGGGAUAUAAGUCCUGAUAGGAGAAGGUUACGAAGAUAUCCACAAGGAGUUGGUCGAGGUCUCAGGGAUUACCACAGACCUUUCCCUGAUGAGCUGAACGACAGUUCUUAUAAUGGGCCACGUCGUAUGACCAGGAGAGAACCAAGUGCAUCUCCCCCCGGCAGAGGACCUUAUUAUGGUAGACCUAAGUUCCAGUCUAGGGGCAGAAGUCGUUCUCCUCUCGCAUGGGAACGGAAUGAAGCUUCAAGACAUCGUGGUAGUAGGUCUCCUGAUUAUAGAUUUGAUGGUAAAAUGGAAAGGGGGAGAGUGCCCUUUCAGAAGAACAGUUUCGGACCAAAGUAUGAAGCAGGGUUCUUUUCCCCGCCAAAACGGCGGUUUUCCCCACAACACAACUCAAGAUGGUUUGAUGAUCGCAAUGGCGCUGGAGAUCAUAAUUUCAGAGGCAGGAGAGGAGGUGGAAGGAGAUUCCAACCGAGCCAAAGGUUUGAUUCAGUGCGUUCUAGGAGAGUGGAUUCAGAUGAUUAUUUUGAACCCAAUGUUCGUCCAAGAUUCUCGGAGUUGAACAAUGGUGGUAGGGAAUGUAGAUUCGAGGGCAGUGACGAAGAUAGAAGGAAGCCUGAAGGAAGAUUUGAAAUUGUUCAUCGGGUGAGGCGUUAUGAUUCUGAUGGUGUUGUGCGUCAGUUCCGUUAUGAGGGAGAAGAUCGGUUUGCAUCUCGCAAUGCACAGAACUGUAAGACACAGAACUUUGAUGACUUUGAUAAUAGGAGUGCCGAUCGACGGCCUCGAGAUGUUUACCUCGCAGAGCAGCAGCAGCAGCAGCAGAUAGAAAACAGAAGGGGCAAUUAAGCCAUAAUGACAGUAUUUAACUCCAGCUUUCAACUCAUUCAAAGUGUGAGGCGCAUAAAUUGAGAGGAAAAUCUUCUUCACCUUUGCGUCCGCUGAAACAGUUCUGUUUAUGCUCAGAUUUCUUUGCCAAGAUAGAUAGGAGUUCUUCCAUUUUUGUUUUUCCUUUCUUUUUACGGUGAAAGAGGUCCAGAUAUCACUGUUCCCGGCGGCUCGUCACUGCUUGUGGAAGCAGCUGCUCUUACCAUUCUGAUUGGCGUAGGCAAGAUUUUUUUUAGGUAGGGCCUGAUGUUGCUUUGUUAUCAUCCUGCAUUUGUUUUCACCUUAGAUAUUUAGUUGAUUAGUGAAAGAAUAUGCCAAGUUUUAGUUUGAAGGCUUUUCUCCAUUCCAUCUUUUAGUCCUUUCCUCUGUUGCUUUGGGUAUACCUUUCAAUCCAUUAUUUUUCUUGGUUUUAGACUUUUAGUGGAUAAUUAUCGUGACCUUGAUCUUUCUUCAGUGGGAAAAAUCAAUCAAAGGGUUAAUGGAACUGUUGACUGUC